GUUUAUCGCCAGAAGGGGCAACCCCGAGAAAAUAUAUAGCGAUAAUGGUACAAACUUCCAUGGUGCGGAUAGAGAACUUAGAGAGAAUCUUAAAAUACUGAAGCAGCGGAAAAUAGAGAACUUUCUCCACGAAAGGGAGAUCGAGUGGGUUUUUAACCCUCCAACAGCGAGUCACAUGGGCGGUGCUUGGGAGCGGUUGAUAAGGUCGACACGCAAGAUUCUGAAGAACCUCCUUGGCGAACAAGUCGUUUGUGACGAAGUUCUAGCAACUGUAAUGACAGAGGUGGAAGGAAUACUUAAUGCAAGGCCAUUAACAGAAAUUAGCCUUGAUGCAAGAGACUGUCAACCACUUACCCCAAACCACUUAAUUCUAAUGAAACAGAGUCCUAGCUUACCACCAGGUGUUUUUGAUAAGAAGGACAACUAUGGUAAAAGGCGAUGGCGGCAGGCGCAAUAUCUUGCCUCUAUAUUCUGGAAGAGAUGGCGUAGGGAGUACCUUCCUCUACUCCAAACUAGACAAAGGUGGACAACACCAAAGAGAAACAGGUUAACGACUUAG